AUGAUUUACACCGACGGAUCUUGCAUCGAUAACUGUGCUUCUGGCAUUGGUAUUUAUUUUGGACCAAAUCAUGAAUUAAAUAAAAGUAUGGCAAUUCAUGGCUAUGAGCACAACAGUGGACUAGCAGAAAUCAUAGCAGCUAACACGGCAUUAAAGUCAUUGCGAUCAUGGAAUAUGUAUAAAGGAGAGAAUGUAAUAUUACGUACUGAUUUUCUGCCGCUCAUAUAUGCUAUGAAUAACGAUGGUUUUAAUGGACGAUUUCACGAUGAAUAUUUGGACUUGAAACAGUUAGCAAGUGAAUUCCCAAAUGGUGUACAAUUUGAGCAUGUUUUUGGUCAUGAGGGUGAACAAGGAAAUGAAGAGGCAAACAAAUUAGCACGUCAGGCAACUGAACAUGCUCGGAUAAUUCGUUCACGUAGUGCGCCACCAUUUCGGCAUGCAUCACUAGGACGAGAAUUUUCAAAAAGUCGUCGGAAGACUUCGCUUUCUCGAUCGCGACUGAGUAGACGCUCUCGACGUAUCAAUUCUGCAGAAUAUCGCCGUAGUCGAAGCGUUCAUGUUCCUGGAAAACAUUCUAGACGACGAAAACUUUAA